AUGAUAAUCAUGCAAACUCCAAUGCUAGAGAAGAAUCCUCUUGUAUUAGAUAAGUAUGAUGGCUCGGCAAAUCCCGAUAGUCAUCUCAGGAUCUUCACCAGUGCAAUGAUGUUCUACACGAAUAGUGAUCCAGUUAUAUGCAGAGCCUUCUCCUUAUCACUCAAGGACGAGGCAUUAGAGUGCUAUAACACUCUUCCCCUAAACACGGAGAAAGGGGAAACUUUAAAGGCCUUUAUGAAAAGAUAUACUGAAACCGCACGGCAAGUUAAAGAGGUCAAUCACUCUUUUAUCAUCAACAAUUUGUCUUCAUGCCUAAGACCAAGAUAUUUUGCUGAAAAAUUGUAUGUGCAACCACCAAAAACUAUGAAAGAACUCCAAGAAAGAGCAGUUGAAUUCAUUCGUAUGGAGGAAAUGCGAAUCUCACAACGAAAGCGACAACAAGAAGCUGAUGUAGGCGAAAGUAGAAUGGAUGGCAAGCGACCGUUCGACAAUAAUGAUAAAAGUGGGGAGCUUCCCCGAACAUUUAAGUUUAACCAUUAUACAACCAUCAACGCACCUACGACAAAAGUUCUCGAAGAAUCCCUAAACACUGAACUUCUCACACUCCAAAGGAAACCAUCUCCAAAAAACGCAGACGAAAGGAAGAGUUGCCAUUUCCAUCAAAACUAUGGACAUACUACAGAAGAAUGCCUUACGCUGAAAAAUGAAAUAGAAUGUCUCAUUCAGACAAGACAUCUCCGUAGGUACAUAAAAGAAACAAAAGAAGCCCCCUCGGGGAAGGAUAUUUGCAAAGAAGUCCCGAACGGUCGUAUUGGAAGGAUGAACGAAGGCGGGGUCAUAGUCGCAGUCUCGAUCGUAGUCGUAGUCGUCAUUGUGAACGAUCGGUUCGUGGAGUUAUCAACUGAGGAGAGGCAUCCAAAAUUCUAUUACUGUCAUAUUUAA